AUGGAGCGAGCAGCAGCCUCAGUCCCCAGGCCAGGGGCCCCAUCUCAGGCCAUUAAGAAUGUUCUACCACUGACUGAGGAUUCGCUGCCAGGAGUCCCCAGGGACGCCCCAGCCUGGGUCACCAGUCUUAAGACAGAGCUUCCCUCAGAUCUAGAACUGAGUGAGGAGCAACGGCUGCAAAUCUCCAAGGAGCUGGUCGACCUGCAGAUCACAACCCAUCGUCUGCGGGAGCAGCAUGAGACUGAAAUCUUUGAGCUGAAGAGUGAGGUCCUGCGGCUGGAGAACCGGGUGCUGGAGCUGGAGCUGCAUGGAGAUCAUGCAGCCCCAGCAAAGACUGAUCCAGGGCACCUCCAGGCAUUUGCACAGGAGCUUGAGCAAAAGGCCAGGGGUCAGGAACACUGCAACCAUCACAUUCUUCAGGCACAGCCCAAGGACUUCCAGACUCCCGAGAACGAACUGCAGAAGCUGGGAAAUGGCGGGGAAGUGAAGCAGAUGCUGGAGCAGCACAGGGCCCGCCAGCAAGCACUGGAGAUGCGCGUGGCGGCCCUGGGCCAGCAGCUGCAGGGAGCCCAAGAGGAGGCCAGGACAGCUGGGCAGCGACUGGCUGCACAAGCUGUGGUGUUGUCCACCUGCCAGGGCCAGCUCCGCCAGGCUGAGGCUGAGAAUGCCAGGUUGCAGUUGCAACUCAAGAAGAUGAAUGAGGAGUACACCAUUCGGUUGCAGCGCUACUCCCGAGCCCUGGUGGAAUACGCAGAUGGCACAAGCCAGGCACCUACAGCCGUAGCCCUCCGGACAUUCCUGGAGACCACUCUGGAGGACAUCCGAGCAGCACACCACAGCCGUGAGCAACAGCUGGCCCGAGCUGCUCGCGUCUACCGUAAGCACCUGGCAGACCUGAGGCGAAGACAUGAGGAACUGUUAGGUGCCCUCAGUGUGCAGCAGGUGCUGGCGGAGCCCAAAGGAACACCUGGGAAACCCAAGGCCACCUCUGAUGAAGUCACCUCAAACCUGGAGCCACUGCCUCUGCGCCUGGUCACAGAACUUGGCCACCUUCGGGAGGACCAGGCAAGGCUGGAGACACAGCUCCAGAAGCUCCACGUCCAGAAGAGGCCUGACGCAGCCUCCCAGGGGAGCACAUCAGAGCCACAAAACCUGGAAGCUGAAUCCUGGGCCCAGAUCCACCAGAAACUCCGGGACUUCUAUCAUGGCACCCAGGCAAAGCUGGAACGCGAGCGGGCACAGCUGCUAGUCAGAGCCACGAUGGCUGAGGCACAACUUUCUGAGCUUCAGGAGUAUGUGGACCAGCACUUAGGCAGGUACAAGCAGGAGAUCCUGAGGCUGAGGAAGCUGGUGGGUCCAGGAGACCCACAGAAAGUGAGGGCCGUACCUCCAACCAAGCCUCAGCGCCCAAGGACCCGCAGCCGCUAA